GUGGAGCGACGGGUUGUCGCUGGACCUCGCGAGGGGUCAGCGCGAAACCUCAGGCUUGGCCCUGAUGCCACCUGUCUCCUUCGUAAACCUGGCAUAAUCCCCAUGGUGGACGCCGGGGAAAAGAGCUCAGAACCAGUGGUCAUGCCUGGAAAAGCGCAGGCUGCGGGUCGCCGUGGGAGCCGUGCGAGCUUUGUCUCCUUGUUGAGUUCCUUGCCCCAGGAGCCGGCGACCCGCCGUGAGUGUGCUGGAGUCUGAAGGUCAUCAUGCAUCCUUCCUUUGCCGGGGCAGGAAGAACUCACGCCUCGUAGUUAUGCAUAGCUUUGUAUCUGUGUUUUGUUUGCACAAAACUUGCCUUUUUUUCCAGAAAGAAUUUAAGUUUAUGCGAAAAACCAGCUCAGCUGGACUCUACAAAUUAAACCAGGGGUUUUCAGUGAAUACAGAACCAUGUGGUUCAAAUCCUACAGGAUGACCUUUUCCUGUUUGAACAGAAUAAAGAAUUUCAGGUACCCUUGGGUGAAACUGUUCAGUACUUCCCAAACCACUGUCGACAGCGGUGAGGUGAAAACCUUCGUGGCCCUGGCUCACAAAUGGUGGGAUGAGCAAGGAAUAUAUGGGCCUCUCCAUUCCAUGAAUGACCUGAGGGUGCCAUUUAUUAGAGACAAUCUUCUGAAAACAAUUCCUAAUCACCAGCCAGGAAAACCUUUGUCUGGGAUGAAGAUUCUUGAUGUUGGCUGUGGUGGUGGGCUGUUAACUGAACCUCUAGGGCGGCUUGGGGCUUCAGUUAUUGGAAUCGAUCCUGUGGAUGAGAACAUUAAAACAGCACUGUGCCAUAAAUCAUUUGAUCCAGUCCUGGAUAAGAGGAUAGAGUACAGAGUGUGUUCUCUGGAAGAGAUUGUGGAAGAGACUCCAGAAACAUUUGAUGCUGUUGUGGCUUCUGAAGUUGUAGAACAUGUGACUGAUCUAGAAACAUUUUUACAGUGCUGCUGUCAAGUGUUAAAACCUGGUGGUUCUUUAUUCAUUACUACAAUCAACAAAACACAACUUUCCUAUGCUUUGGGAAUUGUUUUUUCAGAGCUAAUUGCAGGUAUUGUACCAAAAGGUACUCAUACAUGGGAGAAGUUUGUUUCACCUGAAACACUAGAGAGCAUUCUGGAAUCAAAUGGUCUGUCAGUUCAAACAGUGAUAGGAAUGCUGUAUAACCCCUUCUCAGGUUACUGGCAUUGGAGUGAAAAUACCAGCCUUAACUAUGUAGCUCAUUCUGUAAAAUCCAGGGUCCAGGAAUACCCAAUGUCUGCUGAGUUUGUUUUAAAAAGAGAAACAGAGGAGCUCCAAGCUACUGCCUGUACCAAUCCAGCUGGGCAUGAAGAGCUGAAGAAAUGAAUUGUUCCUGAGGAUUGUAGUAAUAUAGUUUGGAUAUCUGAUGUUUACAAAUAUAAGAAAUGUACAAUUUAUCCUUUGAGAGAGAAUCAUGAAGAAAAGAAGGACAAUAAAAAGGGCUAAAACCUUGAACAAAAGUUUUUGUUAUUUCAUCUAGUAGCUGCUUUCAAGGGAUUCUAUGAAUAAAACUUUUGUCAAG